AUCCGCGCUGGCCGGAUGCCCCAGCUCCCCAGGGAGGAUACGAAGAUCGUGAUUCGGCCCCGCGGAGGCCUCAAUAUUGUCAAGACCGGCUGCACCGUGGUGGCUGAUGCAAUCCUGGCAGCCACAAGCAUCUGCGCCGAAGAUUUGCGGGGCGACACGCUAUGCCCCAACGUGCAGCAGAAUAUUAUGGUUGUCAGCACACCUAGAAGGGAAAAUGCCAACCACUACGUCAAAGUUCGGCAGAUCGUCGUCAUGGGCCGAACAUACGAGGUCAGUGCUUACGAGGCCGCCCCUCAUUCCACGUGCAAGGGCGUGAUCCGAGGUAUUCCACUCGUAGACGGCCCGAAUGAUAUUGACAACAAGAUCGUAAAUGAAAGAAAUCCGCUCGCCCUGGCAGCCAAGCGCAUAGGCAGCACCGGUACGGUAAUCGUCGCCUUCGACGGUCAUAGAGUCCCAAACUUUGUACGCUACGGCCCCACCCUUGUGCAAUGUUCGCUUUAUCGCAAGAAAAUAGACAUUUGCUACGCUUGUGGUCGGCUCGGUCACCGUGCUGAUGUGUGCCCCAGCCCAGGCGACAUCGUAUGUCGGGGCUGUGGGGCUUCAAAUCCUGACGCACAACACAGGUGUACCCCAAAGUGCAGGCUGUGUGGUGGGCAACACCUCACGGCUGACAAGGACUGUAGGCAAAGAUUCCAGAUCCCGUAUGUCGUGCGACGAAGGCGCUGGGAAAAGUGUCGCGCCACCGAUCAAGGCCAAGCCACGGCACCACCAUCACCCCCCACGGAUGGGUAA